AUGGACGGAAACUGCUACAUUCGUCUCGCCAAAGUUCCUAUCUUUAGGUUAGUCGUUGCUGUGGAUCACUGCUUUCCGCUAACCGGCAAAGGUACUGUAAUGACUGGAACGGUAAUUGAUGGAACUGUACGGAACCCACAAGUGUUUUCUUUCACCUUUUUUGUCUUUGAGACUCAAAUCCAAAAAGCGAUGGGAUGCACCAUAGCUGCUCGAGGCUGA